AUGGCGGCUCUGGCAAAUAUCGCCGACCUCAAGGAGCUGGUGCGGGACUCGCAGCUGCACGCAACAUUCCGAUCCAAGGGAGGCCAUCAUUACAUCGUCCACACGAGGGACGGCCACCGAGCCAAGCAGACACAGGAAGUAUGGGCCCAUGUCAAGAAUCUGGGGCAGGGAGGUCAAGGGUCUGUCGACUUGCAGGUCAAGCAGAGUCACGCCCAGCGUAAACCUCAGUACCGAGCUGUCAAGUGCAUUCGCAUCCCCGAGGCCGAGCUAGGCUCCAAUCAAGAUUUCUACGUGCGCGAGCUUGAAGCUAUCAUCAAGUUUUCUCAGAUCAGAUAUGGGGAACUAUUUGUAAAGACCUUUGGGUGGUUUGCCCAGGGGAACAAGCUCUUCAUUGCCAUGGAGUAUUGUCCACUUGGUGAUCUGGAGAAGUAUCUUGCAAACGAAUGUCCCAACAGUCGCUUGCCUGAAGAUCAGGUACACGAGAUUGCUUCCCAGGUGCUGGAUGCAGUCUCCAGGAUGCACGAAGAGAAUUUUGCUCACCGGGAUCUUAAACCAGCAAACAUACUCGUCCAAAGCCAUCCUCCCGACGCGUGGGUGGUCAAACUAGGCGACUUUGGCAUUAGCAGACGGGAUCAAGGCGUUCCAGAAACCACAACAGUGCGAGGAACACCCCGAUUCAUGUCACCGGAGCUGCUUGGCUUCACCGACGGGAACAGUAGAUGCUCAAAUCUCUACGCCGUCGACAUGUGGUGCCUCGGCGAGACCAUCUUCCGGAUUCUCUCUGGGCGACCUACCUUUUUGAAUCACGCCGAUCUUUGUCGAUUUUGUCUGGGACAGCUUGAGUUUCCAGCCGACAUAUUGAGAGAUCUGCAUGCAUCCGAGGAUGCUAUUGACUUUCUCAAGUCACUCAUUGUCAACGAUCCAGACAAUAGACUUACAGCUGAGGGGGCGUCAGCACACGCCUGGAUUAUGACGGAAUCCAACGUGUCCGAUUUAGAAUCCACGGGCAAUCCUCGACCAUGGAGCAUAAUCAAUCAUUCUUUCCCCGGUCUUGCGUUACCGUCCCUUCCAGACAUGUCGACCGAAGCCUCCGCAUCGUGGCCAGCAGAAGGCCUGACUGCUAGCAAAACGAUGACUGAAAGCCAAAACCCCAUGAUAAGGAAUCCUUCGCGCCAAUCUGGAUCAAGUGAAGCCUCAGCAUCUUGGACAGCAGCAGGUCUGACUUCUGGCAAAACAGCCCCCGAAAAUCAAACUCUUACGAUACGGAAUGCCCCCAGUCAAUAUAUGACUACCACAGCAUCAGCCUCGUCGACAGCGGAUUUUACACCGAAAUUCGCACAGACUAUCAUGGAUGAACAGCCGAAGCCUUCCAAUAAUGCACAGAUGCCCGCCUUGUGGACGUGGACUGACUCUUCUGUUCCCAACCCCCAAGCAACAAUCUCCUCCUCCUCAACAUUGACCCCAUCAAGAACGAGAAAGGGUGGCGGCUUGACAGCCAAGAUUAAACAAAGUAUUCCCGUGGCAACAAUCGAUCGAAUGAGCAGCACAGAACCCAGUAACAAGCCGGGCUGGAAAGAGUACCAUGAACUCGAGAGGGCUGCCAACUCGGAUUUCAUUGACAGGAAAUUUGACAGUGCGGAGCGCAAGUAUGCGGAGCUUGCCAGAAUCAACAAGAACUUCCAGCCCACUUUCAAGACGGCCCCUAAGCUGUAUCUCGAAUUGAAGCAAGCAGCUAAUGAGAAGGUUGAGAAGGGUCUAGUUGAGGAGGCAAAGCAGCAGUACGCAGAACUGGAAAGGUUCAAACAUAACCAUCAGUCACUCCCCGAAGAUUUCACAGACGACGAGAUAUUAGAGCUGAUAAGACUUGAGGCCGGUGUGCUGUUCGACAAGGGCUCCAUCCACGAAGCCUGCGAGGCGUACAAUAACUUACUUCGUCUGAGCAACCACUGGCUCGGCAUUCGCGAUCCUGUAUAUUUCCGCGACCAGCACAAUUAUGCGACUAUAUUGUUUGAGCUAGGGCGUUUCUCAGAUGCAGAGACAGUAUAUAGCCAAGCGCUUGCCGGCAGACGCAAGGCCCUGGGACCCGAGCACAGCGAUACCCUGAACACCAUGCACGACACAGCGGACACUCUGCGCCAGACUGGCCAGACAGGUCGCGCUGAGGAGCUGUACCGGGAAGUUAUCGAAAUCAGGAGCCGCCUGGACGAUCCAAAAAUGCUCCAGAGCAUGGAGGCGCUGGUGGACAUGCUCCUGGAUGGGAACAACUACGCGAGGGCUCAACCGGUCCUCAUGAAGAUUGUCGAGGUGAAACAGAAACAGAAGGCAGAGCCGGAGGACAUCAUCAAGACCUUAUACCAGGUCGCUCAAGGCGAAGAGCGCAGCCCAGGAGGGGGGCAGGCUAAGCUGGUGUACGAGAACAUACUGUCUGCACGGGAAAAAGCGUUGGGAGCAGCACACCCUCUCACAGUAGAGAGCCGGAAUCACCUAUCGACGUUUGUGAAGCGGCAGGACGAGAAUCUGCGCAAGUCUACAGCUGAGUAUCAGACAGAGCUGCAAAAAUCAAAGCAGCCAGCCGCAAGGGAUGUCGAAACGAUCAUUUCCAAACCAGCCGCUGAGACGUCCGCGGGAGCCAAGCGACCUGUUCGUACCGCGCGGCCAGCUACCCAUACCACACGGACCCCUCCGGUUGGCACGCGCCCGCCACGCCGUGUUCGUGAGGUUGGCGGCCCGGCUCGUCCCGAAGAUGGCAUCGACUGGGUCAAGUACAUUGAGCGUGAGGAGAAGAAGAGGUCCGGCCUGAUGGCAAAGUUGUUCAAACGAUAUUGA